CAAGUGAUCUCUAUUCCUUCUUUUGCUCUUUACAGAUGAUUGAUAAAGUGACUGGAGCUGGAGUGCAGCCCUCUGCGGCUCAGCUGAAGACCCUGAUAGAUCUGGAGUCUCGAUUCCAACCAAAGCUGAGUGGCUUGAGGCUCAUUGAGUGCGCCCAGGACAAUGGCUUAAGGAUGACCGCCAAACUCAGAGAGCUGGAGGUGAAAGACCUGCUCUCUCUUUCCAGGUUUUUUGGUUUUAGCUCUGAGACCUUCUCCUUGGCUGUGAGCCUGCUGGAUCGAUUUCUCUCUGUUAUGAAGAUUCAGCCAAAGCACCUCUCCUGUGUUGGUCUUUGCUGCUUCUACAUCGCUGUGAAGUCCUCAGAGGAGGAGAAAAAUGUGCCUCUGGCAAAUGACCUCAUCCGCAUCAGUCAGAAUCGCUUCACUGUGUCUGAUAUGAUGAGGAUGGAGAAGAUCAUCAUGGAGAAGCUGUACUGGAAGGUGAAAGCCCCCACAGCCCUCCACUUUCUACGACUGAUUCACAGUCACAUUCAAGAGCAGCUUGACUCUGAGAGGUAACCCACAUUUGAAAUCAAAAUUU